AUGUUUGCCAUCAGCAAACGGAGAAACCGAGCUCUCAGGAAUGGUCUUCCGCUCCCUCCAGGUCCAAGGGGUCUUCCCUUCGUAGGGAAUGUUCUUGAUAUAGACAUUUCUACACCGUGGACAACGUACGAACAGUGGGGGAAGCGCUAUGGUGGAAUAUCAUACUGUACCAUAUUGGGCUACGAAUUUAUUAUCAUCAACGACGAAGAAAUAUUUCAUGAACUGAUGGUGAAACGGUCGUCGAUCUACUCUGAUCGCCCAUAUCUGUUAGCAAAUGAGCUAUUCGGACUGGAUUUCAAUACAGGCCUUCUCCCGUACGGUGACAAAUGGAGGCUACAUCGAAAGAUGUUCAACGUCGCCUUUAGUAAGCAAACCUCCAAGAAAUACCAAGCCGUGCAGAUGGAAAAGGUGCAUCAGUUCCUUGUGAACUUGCUCUCCACACCGCACGACUAUCCAAAGCACGCCGCUACGUUAUCUGCUGCCAUAAUCAUGGCAAUCACUUACGGAUAUGAUGUUGCUCCCAAGGACGACCCUUUUGUGACCAAUGUCGCACAUCUAGUGGAACUAAUCACAAAUAUAUUGACUGCAGAACGUGCCAUGUUACUUAACGCUAUCCCACUCUUGGCAUACAUCCCAUCGUGGCUCCCUGGCGGACGGAUCAAAAAGCGGGCAGCGGAGAGUCGCGCUCUUGCGAGGACGGUGCUAGACGAUCCUGUAAAGUAUCUACGUGACUUCAAACAUCAAACUCUUAAUAUUUCGCAGGCGGCUGGCACGCCAACGACGUCAAUUGUGGGUGACUUAUUCGAGAUGGAAAUUGGGAAGGAGUUUGCUUCCUCUAAGGAUGAAUUAAUCAAAGGAGUGGCAGCCACUGUGUUCCUUGGUGAGCUGACGCAGACAUCAUCCGCACUCCUCAUCUUCCUUCUUGCUAUGGUGUUAAAUCCAGAGGUGCAAACCGAAGCUCAAGAAGAAAUCGAUCGAGUGGUUGGAGAUGCCCGUUUGCCCGAGUUCAGGGAUAGAGAGAACCUUCCUUACGUCGAGGCUGUACUUAUAGAGACCCUGCGAUGGCAUCCCAUCAACCCCUUAUUGCCACUUCCACAUAUGACAACGACAGCCGACGUUUUUAACGGCAUGCAUAUCCCAAAGGGCAAGGCGAUAACCCGGAAUGAAAAACGUUACCCAAAUCCCACCGCAUUCAACCCUAGAAGGCACCUAACUGCCAGCGGGACACUUGCUGAAGGUACAAAUUACCCGCUUUUUGGCUACGGUCGUCGCAUCUGCCCAGGCAGACAUAUCGGAGACCAAAGUUUUUGGGCAGCAGCAGUAUCUAUCCUCGCCACCCUACGCAUUGGGAAGGCCAGGAACGAAGCUUGCCAUGAAGUCGACUUUACUCCUGAGUUCAUAAUGGCAGGGUUAGCUUCGUGA